AAACCGCUCAACAGCAGAGGCGCGCAGAGACAGACACCAGCGUUCGGCGCCCCUUCCACACCCCUGAUGGCCAGGCGCCCUGGCGCCUUGUGCCACCCAGCCCGGGGCUAGGGACGGCCCUGCUGGUGUCAAAAGUGGGUGAGGCUACAGCCAUUCAGUUCAUUUAUUUUAUCACACACCUAUACACAGGCAUUCAUUACAUUCUCUCUCUCUUUCUCUUUCUCUCUCUCAACUGCACACACACCCUUCACAAUCACAUGCCCUAGUUAUUCUCUCUCACACCUAUCACCACACAAGCAUUUGUUCUUUUCAUAUUCUCUCACAUCAUUAAUCAUCCCAGAUCCACUGCCUUCAGUUAAUCUAUUCCCCCAUCCAUAUUGUAAGUAUAAGGGUGGGCAUAUUGUCAGCCACCUCAUAGGUAAGCUGUGGGGUGCAGGAGUGGACAAAGUGGGGCUGGUAAAGGGCCAAGGAGAGGUGUCUUUCAAGGAGAGUCAAAGUCCUAAUAGAGAGGCCCUGAGUGCCACACCUGGCCUGUGAGUCAUAGGUUCUUCCCCCCGACUUCUAAUUUGUUCAACUUGGGGGGGGGCACUACAAUAAUUUUCGGAAGAGGCUCAUAUCUACAGUAAGAAACCAACAUGGGGGAUUAAGAAAUGAGGUUUAUGCCUAAUUGUAGAGCCUACUGCUGUGAUUUAUUUUCAUAGUUUUGUUGUUGUUAUUGGAUCUUCGUUAGGAAACCCUCUAGUGUGAGGGCCAUCCAUCCAGUGUCCUUGAUGCCUGUCGAAGACUACUUGGCUCAAAGAGAUGCACCCAUGGAGUAUCUUCACAGCAAAAGGGAGCAGUAUGGGCAGGGACAGGGCACUUCAUAUGUAUACUUUGUUUUUACAGCCAAAGACUCCCCUCAACCAUCUGAAGAGAAAGUAGGUGCUUUCACGAAGAUAAUAGAAGCAAUGGGUUUCACAGGACCACUAAAAUAUAACAAAUGGAAAAUCAAAAUAGCAGCCCUGCGAAUGUACACAUGCUGUGUAGAGAAAACAGACUAUGAGGAAUUCUUUAACAAAUUUCAGAUGCCUGACACGUUGAACUCAUGGUUUUUAGUAGCACAGCUUCAUGUCUGGAUGUGUUUAGUACGAAUGAAGCAGGAAGGACGAACAGGAAAAUACAUGUGUCGCUAUAUAGUUCAUUCUAUGUGGGAAGAUGUUGAGCAACGUGGGAAGGUCAUGGGAAUUGAUUCUGUUGCCCUGAAAACGAGUAUGAGAAGCAUGACAGAAAAUUUCUAUGCAGCUAUUUUUGGAUAUGAUGAGGGAAUUUUAUCAGAUGAUCAUGUGCUUGCAGCAGCCAUCUGGAGAAAUCUGUUCAACAAGCAUUGUGAAGACCCAAGGCAGCUGGAAAUAAUGGUGGAAUAUAUACGCAAGCAGGUGCAGCACCUGGAUGCUAUUCCUGGAGAAGACCUGCUGCUGUCUGGUGAAGUGACCUGGCGCCCCCUUGUGGAAACAAAUGCUCAAAGCAUCGUGAAACCUGCUUUACCAACAUACAAUGAUGCAGGACUCUGAAAUCUUCAUCACCCUGCUUGAAAACGUUUGCUGCUGACUGUGUUUAAUUCUAUAUGUGGAACAAUUCCUGGAAGUGAGAGUUGAUUUCCUGGGGGUUCCCAGGAAAGAAAGGAAUAAAUGCUGUAUUUGCUAUUUGAAAGAGU